AUGUCCACUUGGAGAACAAUCGCAGCGCUGCCGGAGCAUCUGCAGCCAGUCGGCAGUGAAACUAUAGACAGACUGCGAUUCAUGCAUCUCAUCGAAUAUGCCAAAACACAAAAGAGAACUGGCUGGCUGAGAAGUGGCGUGAAUGGUGCAGAGAGUAUCAGCGACCAUAUGUGGAGAAUGUCGAUAAUGAGUUUGGUGUGUGCUGACGAACGCAUCGAUCACAUCAAAGCUUCGCAGAUGGCCAUAGUCCACGAUAUAGCUGAAUGCAUUGUCGGUGACAUAGCCCCUUCUGAUAACAUAACAAAACCAGUGAAGAAUAAUCUUGAAAGGCAAGCUAUGAAUGACAUAGUGCAUAAAUAUCUCCAUGGAAGUUAUCAGGCGAGAUACUUGAUGGCUAUUUGGGAGGAAUACGAGCAGCAGUCUUCCGCUGAAUCCACCUUUGUCAAAGAUCUCGACAGACUUGAAAUAAAGCAUUAA